AUGACGGUGACGGUGCGCCACGUGCUGUUUGUGCUUUCCCUCGCCCUGUGCUGCGCCUGCGGGUGCGUGGCGGCGGUGCAGCAGAAUGAGGUGCCUGGCAUCAGAGCCCAACUGCCCUCGCCGCUGCAGCCUCAGUUACUGAGUGACAUUGAUGUGCCUGCAGAAUAUACCGCCGAGAAAAUAAGAAGUGAAGCUGACGAGGGAAUGAAAGUGAUCCAAGAGGCUUUGAAGAGGGCACAGCAGGCCUCAGCUGAGGCUACGCGGCUGUAUAAAAAAGCGAGUGGCCGUAUUAAUGCCGCAGAGACUAAGAGUUCUGGCGGUAGUGGAGGAACAGCUGAUUCGCUUGAGGCACGCAGGGCGCGAGAUGUGCUCUACCCUGCCCACUCUGCGAAGAGAGCCGUCGAUCGUGAAUUCGGAUCGUUGCAGGAAAUCAAUACAGUUUCGAAGUUGGCGCACGACAAGGUAUUAGCCGACCUGAACAAAGGGGAGGCGAAACGUGAGGAGGCGUUUAUCCAAAUGGAGACAAUCCAGUCUUCCGAGUGGACCGCUAUUAAAAAAGCUAACAUUGUUCUGCACAAUGCUGGGAUCGUUGUGGAUGUAUCGUUGAGUGCACUUAAGGAGCUGAGCAUUACUGAAGUCGCCAAGCCACUCCCUGAUGUGAUGGUGCCGCGCGUUAUAAAGAUGCAACCCGACGUGCCUGGCUCUGCUGAUAUGGCGGGACGGGACGGCGCUGGGUUUCACAUGUGGGUUUGCGCAUCCCUGUUUCUUGUGGUUGCGGCAUACGCUGCCGUGUGA